AAUGCUUGAUUACGCGGGUAUUAUAAGUUUGAAAAGAGAGCAAUUUCAUGUGAACAUCCGAAAACAAAGAAAUGAAAAGCAAUUCAAGGAAUCAAGAAAAAAUUAUAUUCAAUUCCUGUUUUCUCAAUAGACAUAAAUGUAAGAAAUGUCCAACUCGAUCAGAGAAAAACUUGAGAAAGGUGAAAAUCUUUAAGGAGAAAUGUUGUAGAUGAUGGUAGAUAAAAUUUUUGAAGUGUUAUAAAAGGAUAAUAAUCUAAAUCUAUUAGAUGUAUAUAUGAGAUUUAAUUUAGACAAUUGAUGCAGCUGUAUGGAUGUUAAAAUCAGUAGAGGAAUAAACAUAUGAAGAUGAAUUAAGUGAUAAUUUGAGAAUGUUAAAAAUAGUGGAGAAAAUGAUACUAUAUUCUUAAGGAUAUGAGAUUGAUAAUGAGCCAUUGAAUUCAUAAAUCAUUAUUUAUGCUGCUAAAGUUAGUUUAUUAUCUUAAAUAGUUUUUGAAAUAUUGGACUUAAAUGGAAGAUAAAUCAUUACAUCUUAAAUUUGGUGAAAUAGCAGAAACAGUGUAUUUCUUGUUAAGUAAAUAAGAAUAAAUGUUUAUUAAGAGAGGUGCAGAUAUAUUGUAUAAUAUGGCUUUAAUUGAUAAUGGAUAAAUAUUAAUUAAAUUACAUGAACUUGUAAUUUUUGGUCAAAAAUUAGUUAAACCUAUUUGUACAAUAUUAAAUACAAUUCAUAAUACAAAAAUAUUAGGCACUUUAUGGAGAGUAGUAUUAUAAACAUUUUUAGAUUAAGAUAAGAAUGGAUAAUAAUAAUAUAUCAAUUACAAUAUAUUUGAAAAUCAAUAAAAAAUUAGCUUUUUUAAUUUAUUGAUAAAUUAGGUGUUGGAAUCAGAACAAUAAAAUAGAAAAUUAUUUAAGAAUUAAAUGCAUUUGGUACAGCAUAUACUUGAUUAUUAUUAAUCAAAUGAUGAAUAAAUCUAUGAAGAGUUCAAGCAAUUAUUAAUAACAUCUCAAUUCUCAGUUAAAUUAAAAGAUCUAUGGUUAUUUCAUUAAUGGAAUUCUAUAGCAACUAUAGCACAUGA